UUUUCCUCAUUCAACAUCCGUCUCAGCCUCUUUUCUCUGAAAUUCCUUCAAAACUUCAUCAGAGCAACAAUGUCCGGCAGAGGCAAAGGAGGAAAAGGCCUCGGAAAGGGAGGAGCCAAGAGGCAUCGCAAAGUUUUAAGAGACAACAUCCAAGGAAUCACCAAGCCGGCCAUCCGCCGUCUUGCUCGUCGUGGUGGCGUAAAGCGUAUCAGCGGCUUGAUCUACGAGGAAACUCGCGGCGUUCUCAAGAUCUUCCUCGAGAAUGUCAUUCGCGACGCAGUCACCUACACUGAGCACGCUCGCCGGAAGACUGUCACCGCCAUGGAUGUCGUGUAUGCGCUCAAGAGGCAAGGUCGUACUCUCUAUGGCUUUGGAGGUUAAGGUUUUUUAGAAUCUAGGGUUUGAAUUUGGGGAUUUUGUGGUUUUGGUGGUCUGGAUGUUGAAAUUUGGUUCUGAUUCUGGAGAGAUUGUAUAUUAUUGCUGAUUUCUCUCGUUUGAUGGAGAAUCCUGUAACUUGAAAUCUUUUUUGCAUAAUUAGAAACUCUUUAUUUUGUCAGUUCAUCUUAAA